CCUAUCUAUAUAUGGACACACACACACAGUCACACACCAUCACACUGAAGCAGAUAAAGUAGUCUCACACAGCUGAAGUAAGAUAGAGAGAGAGAGAGAGAGAGCCAAGAUGGAAUCAAGAGUUGAAGAUAUUGUGAUUGUGGGAGCUGGGAUUGCUGGCCUUGCUGCCUCCUUGGGACUUCACAGGUUAGGCGUCCGAAGUUUGGUUUUAGAAUCUUCAGAUACUUUGAGGACCUCAGGAUUUUCUCUCACACUAUGGACAAAUGCUUGGAAAGCCUUGGAUGUUCUCGGCGUUGGUCACAUACUUCGCCAACAACACCUCCAGCUUGUCGAAAAUGUCACUACUUCCUUGAUUACGGGACAACAAACAUCAACAACAGCUUUUACCAACGCCAUGGGAAAGCAUGGGGUCCACGAAGUUCGUCGUGUUAGAAGGCAAUUACUGUUGGAAGCACUCGCCAACGAACUUCCAAGUGGCACCAUCAAGUACUCUUCAAAGGUGGUAGCUGUUGAAGAAUCUAGCUUCACUAAAUUAAUUCAUCUUGUUGAUGGAACUAUCAUUAGAACCAAGGUACUCAUUGGGUGUGAUGGAGUGAACUCAAUAGUAGCAAAGUGGCUUGGGUUGAACAAGGCUGCUUUCUCUGGCAGAUUUGGAAUUAGAGGGUGUAUUACAUUAAAGAAUAGUCAUAAGCUUGAACCUAAGUUUAUGCAGUUUUUUGGAAAGGGUUACAGAAAUGGUGUUUUGCCUUGUGAUGACAAGACAGUUCAUUGGUUCUUUACUUGGAAUCCCACUGACCAAGAAAAGAAGCUAGAAGAGAACCCAGGUCAAAUGAAGCAAUUUGUGUUAGAGAAGCUAGAGAAUAUGCCGAGUGAUAUUAGAGCCUUCAUAGAAAAUACUGAUUUGGAUCAUUUCUUAUCAUCUCCAUUGAGAUACAGACAUCCUUGGGAGCUAGUGUUUGGUAAUAUCAAUAAAAGCAAUGUAUGUGUUGCUGGAGAUGCAUUCCACCCUAUGACCCCUGAUCUUGGCCAAGGUGGUUGCUGUGCUUUAGAAGAUGGGGUAGUUUUAGCCCGGUGUCUCGGCGAGGUCUUCUCCAUAAAAUCUAGUGGAUAUAUCAGAGAGAAGAAUAAUGAAGAAGAAGAAGAAGAGGAACAGUAUAAGAAAAUUGAGAUGAGCUUGAAGAAAUAUGCUAGUGAGAGAAGAUGGAGAUGCAUUAUUAUCAUCUUUGCAGCUUAUAUGACCGGUGUUAUUCAGCAGGGUCAUUCUAAAUUGGUCUCCUUUUUUAGGGACAAAUUUUUUACUCCAAUUUUAGCUGGUUUUCUAUUAAAGGCAUCUGAUUUUGAUUGUGGAAAGUUGAGAAACUCUUAAAUUGAGCAAUCGAGAUCCUAUUAAGUUGAUCAUAUGUGAAGUUUGUUGAAGUUGAA